UGCAGGGCUAACUGGGUUCGUGUGGGGGAAUUCUGUUUACCACUGGUUGACCGUUACUGUCAAAUUUCAAGCCCCAUGGCCAAGGUGUGCACACAAUAUCGAAUUCUUUAUUAUUAUUUGAUUUGGAUGACAUCAUAUUUCACAAUCCUACUGUAGUGUUUUAGUGUAUCGUUUGCACUCGCUGGAACGGAUCAAUGGCUUUUCCAUUCAUUUAAUUGGGGGGAAUUCUUUGAACAUGGAACAAUUUAACCUGUUACAUCAGAAGUGUUUUGAGACAAGGAAUUACCUUUCAGUCACCUGUAGCAUUUCUUUGUAAAAUGGAAGAGCUGGAAAGGUUUCUCCUACGAAUGGAAUCAGCACUGCCACCUUUUCUUGAGCCCUCUUAAGCGUGAGCCCAGCAAAGGAGGGAGGGAAGGAACCUGUGUUGUCAUGGAAGGCGGGAUAAUCCAACGCAGGGAGACUUUACCCCCAAUGAGUCAGGGAACACUUGCGCUCUCCGAGACCUGAGACCGGGCCGUCACGGGAAUUAUACAGGCCUGCUGAACUUGCUCUGGUUGGGAGGGAAGGCUGGGGAGGGCGCCGGCCGGGCCUGGGACGUUGGGUCGGGAUGGAGAGGUGGAAGAAAAUGCUGCCACACAUGUCGCCCAAAGUCAAGGCGUACGUGAAGGAGUACUGUAAGAGAAACGGCCUCCUGACGCUGUCCGUCUUGGCCGUGGUGACGGGUUGUGUAUUGGGAUUCGUGCUGAGGUCCCUCAACUUGUCCACGCAGGCCAAGAUCUACUUCUCGUUCCCUGGUGAGCUGCUAAUGAGGAUGCUUAAAAUGCUGAUUUUGCCUCUCAUCACAUCCAGUCUUAUGUCGGGCCUGUCGGCCAUGGAAACGAAGGCCAGUGGGCGGCUGGGUGUACUGACGAUCACUUACUACCUGUGGACAACCUUCAUCGCCGUCAUCGUGGGCAUCGUGCUCGUCCUCAUCAUCCACCCGGGCACGGGCACCGAGAAGGACAGCCAUCACGCCAGCUCGGGGCCCGUUAUGACUUCGGCUGAUGCUCUUCUGGAUCUCAUCAGGAACAUGAUUCCGUCCAAUCUGAUUGAAGCAACCUUCCAACAGUAUCGAACGGACCUGGUGCCCAUCGUGCACAGUUCCAUCGAAAAGGAAUCGCAAGCCAACUAUGUGUACGUCAUGCCCGACUAUCACAAUCCCCGACUGGGCCACCCGGUUUUUCUGGACAUCACUCCGGCACCCGACAUCAACUACAAAAUCGUGCCCAGCACCAGCAAGGGCAUGAACGUCUUGGGUAUCGUCAUCUUCUCGGCCACCAUGGGGUUGCUCCUGGGGAAGAUGGGCGAACGCGGUGCACCGUUGGUCAAUGUGUGCCAGUGCAUCAAUGAGUGCGUCAUGAAGAUCAUUAACGCGGCCAUGUGGUACUUCCCCUUUGGCAUUGUGUUCCUGGUGGCAGGCAAGAUUCUGGAUAUGCAUGACCCCGCCCACUUGGGCGAAAAGCUGGGCAUGUACUUCAUCACGGUCCUGUCCGGCUUGUUCGUGCACGGCCUCAUCUUGCUGCCCCUCUUCUACUUCUUCUUCACGCGCAAAAACCCAUUCACCUUCAUCAGGGGGCUUCUGCAGGCUCUCGUCAUCGCCUUGGCCACGUCUUCAAGUUCAGCCACUUUGCCAAUCACCAUGAAAUGUCUGCUGGAGAACUGCGGCGUGGACCGGCAGAUCGCUCGUUUCGUGUUGCCCGUGGGAGCCACCAUCAACAUGGACGGAACGGCCCUGUAUGAGGCCGUGGCGGCCAUCUUCAUCGCUCAAGUCAACGAGUACGAUUUGGACUUCGGUCAGCUCGUCACCAUCAGCAUAACGGCGACAGCGGCGAGCAUCGGCGCGGCUGGAAUACCUCAGGCCGGUCUGGUUACCAUGGUGAUCGUCCUGACCUCCGUGGGUUUACCGCCUGCUGACAUCUCUCUGAUUGUGGCCAUUGAUUGGGUUCUCGAUCGCUUCAGGACGAUGAUAAACGUCCUCGGAGAUGCCUUAGCAGCUGGGAUCAUGGCACACGUAUGCAGGAAGGACUUUGAGAAAGCCACCUCGAAUGUGGCGGCUUCCAGAGAUGCGGUCACCCCUACCAAUGUCAAUAACGGGGGGUCGUCCAAACGGAGAGACACGGUGAUCUCGGUGGGCAACCAGAGCGUGGCCCUAUCCGACGCGCCCCUGAUCGCACACCGCUGCGAUUUUGUUUUCGAGGUUGACGGCGACAACAUCUUGGAGAAACCCAUGGCCUGCUACAACCUCUGCCAAGUUUGAGAUCAUUUCGCUCAAAAACGGACAGUCAGCCUUCCAAAGGAGACCGAAGGGAAUCGUCGUGAAGGAACGAUGCGACUUUUCAGUUUCUUUGCCUGUGCCAAGGUAAAACGAGAAAAACCUCCACGACUUGAUGUACGUGUGUCUUGUCAUGGAUUCCGUUUCUGAGCAUCUGCAGCUAAUUUAGAUGGUAGCGAGUGUCGCUUAGACCCAGAUGCCUUAAAAACGAUCCAUCGGUCAAUCUUGCUUAGACGAUAAUAGCAGCAUUUUCCUAGACUUUUUUUUUUAUACCGCUUUAUUUUUUGUGCUUGUUUUUCCAAUUAAAAUUUGGUUCAAU